AUGAGUCAGGUGGACAGCAAGACCCACCCCGUUGCGCCGCAGUCUAAGAUGCCCGAGGUCUUCGCGCAGCUGGACUCGAAGAUAACCCACAUGAUGAAAGCGGUCAGCGCCGCGCUCGUCAAGGAUGACCGCGGCGGGAGCGGCAGCGGGGCGGGAGACUCGGGAGCAGCGAGCGGAGGCGUUGGCGGCGGGGGGAGCGGCGGAGGUGUCGGGGGCUCGGGCGGGGGAGGCGGAGACCCUUCGCCUUCCAAGGAUGUGCUGGACAAUGCCAGCGUCACAAAGAUCCUGUAUGCGAACAUUAUGAGCGCGGAGCCGGACACUUCACCGAGAAACGUGCGGGUGACGCCGACGAAGAGCGGCGACGCGGGUAUCGAUAAGAGGAUCAAGAUGAAGAUCCUGCUGGGGCCCGAGUACGUCUCCGACGAGGAGGAGCCCGAUUCCGAGGAGGAAAGCGAGGGAGAGCAGGAGGACGCGCGGGACACGUUCGUCGAUCGGACAACGGCUUUGGGCGACACAGGUGAAGAAGCUGGCGAAUCUCGUGCUUGGGAGAGAUACGAAGAUCAGAGGAACGAGGAGAAGAAGACUCCGCAGGAAGGACGGCUGACACGAAGAACGUGA